AUGUUUGGAAAAGACAGCUCCAUGAAGACCCUCGCAAUCAUUCUUCUCUUGCUAUUCGCUCUCUACACCGUACUUUUAGUCUUGAAAGAUUCCGAUGAGGAAUCUUCUAGACCAUCAUUUCCACCUGUGAAGCUAUAUAAUGAUGUCUGCAAGUCACCGGAAUGUAUCACGUUGGCUCAUCACUUGCACAACUGGAGAGAUAUAUCUGUGGACCCAUGUCAAGAUUUUUAUAGGGCGGCGUGCGGGAAGUACACAGAAGAAUCUUUGGCGGAGGGAGGAAGACUAAAUAAGAAACUCUACAUAGUGGUUCAACUCGUUCAAGAUUUUCUCCAUAAAAAUCUCCCAUCGAGUUCUAAAUCUGAAAAUGCUAUGACGUUGUUUUAUAGAAAAUGCGAGGAGCAGAAGUUUCUGAAUGCUACCGAAGUUCGUAUGAAUAAUAGCAAAGAAAUGCUUCAAAUGAUUAACCGCAUUGGGAGAUGGCCUAUAGUUGAUAAGUUGCUGUCAAAUAUGGCUUCGCUUGGAUUCAAGUAUUUCGGAAUUUUCAGCGUGAAAACAAUGUCUAAUUUUUUAAUUAUUGACCAGGAUAGUUCUCGAUUAACUAUUUCUCCAGUAGACAUUGAAAAAUUUCUUGUAAGUAUUCUCACAGUCAAUGGAAUUAAGCCAGACCCACAAUCGAUUCAAACUGAUGUCAAGAACAUUCUGAAUUUUGAUAAGGAGUUAGCUGAAAUUAAAAGUUCUCCAUUGAACUAUCUCCCUCUGUCCGAACUCCAACAAAACAUUUCAAACGUGGAUUUCGAGAAAAUCAUUAGAAGUUAUAUGAAUCCAAAAAGAUCAAGAGAAAAUUGGGAAUCGAUUAGGAAUAAGACUUUCGUCAAAGUGUCUUCCUAUUUUUUCAACAAGACAAGAAAUAUUGAUACAAUUCUAACGAAAACUCCAAAAAGGACUAUUGCCAAUUAUCUGAUUUUUCGUUUCAUCUUAUCCCUGUCUGAGCCACAAUUUCCACAAACCACCAACGUGAAGUUCAACGAAUGCGCACUGAAAGUCGUCUACUGGUUCCCUCUACCUUCUAUUCGAAUUUUCGUAAGAAACUAUUUUGAGAAGGGGAAUCUCGAAAUAGCAUCAAACAUGGUUGAGGAUAUAAAGAAGAGCUUUCUGGAAGUAUUCGAGGAAUCCACCUGGCUCCAAGACUCAACAAAACAGCGAGCUAAGAAGAAGGUGGAGAUGAUGAGGAAAGUAGUUGGGUACCCGAAAGUUUUUGAGGCACCCGGGGCGUUGGAUAAGUUUUUUGAAUCGCUAAAUCUCUCUGAAAAUGAUUCCUACUUCACAAUCCGAGCCAAAGUCGCACAGUUCUCUUAUCAGCACCAACUCGAUUACAUCGCUUCAUUGCUUCCGAUGGAUCCAGAUUUCCGAACUGUUGGAGCUCGGGCAUAUUAUAAGCCUGGAGAGAAUUUGUUGUUGCUUUCACCUGGCAUUCUAGAUGAUCCAUUCAUCGAUUCCACGUUUCCGAAGUAUGCAAAAAUAGCAAGUAUUGGUCAGUUGAUAGGCCAUGAAAUAGGGCAUGGUUUUGAUCCGACGGGCAGAGGUUUUGAUGAGAAUGGGUUUAAAAAAGAUUGGUGGACACCGGAAGAUUCUGCAGAGUAUGAUAGAAGAGCACAGUGUUUAAUAGAUAAGUUUAACGAGUAUGAUGACCCUGUGUAUAGAAGAAAUUUGAAUGGAAACGUAACAAUUGGUGAAAUUGCUGCAGAUGUCAUUGGACUCGAUCUGUCAUGGAGAAACUUUAAGAAAGUGGACUUGUCGAAAGAGCCCAGCAUUUUUGGCUUCGAGGAUGAAAACCCCGACAAAUUAUUUUUCCAUCUUACUGCUUUGAACUGGUGCAGUGGCAAAGAAACGAUGCCAUUGGCUGAAAGGCUUACAGAACCCCAUCCAUCUCAUAUUUUCCGUGUAAAUGGAAUCUUCUCGAAUUUUAAACAGUUUGCGAAAGCAUUUAACUGUCCAGUUGGAUCUCCAAUGAAUCCGGAGAAGAAGUGUGAUCUUUUCUGA